AUGGAAAAUUAUAAUCAAACAUCAAUUUACUUCAUCUUAUUGGGAUUAUUCCCCUCUUCAAGAAUUGGCAUGUUUCUUUUUAUUAUUAUUGUUCUCAUUUUCUUAAUAGCUCUAUUUGGCAACUUCUCCAUGAUCCUACUCAUUUUUCUGGACAACAAUCUCCACACACCCAUGUAUUUUCUACUCAGUCAGCUCUCCCUCAUGGACCUGACCUAUAUCUCCACCAUUGUCCCCAAAAUGGCCUACAAUUUUCUGUUUAAUGACAAGUCUAUAUCUUUCAUUGGAUGUGGAAUUCAGAGCUUCUUCUUCUUGACUUUAGCAGGUGCAGAAGGAUUGCUCUUGGCUGCUAUGGCUUAUGAUCGUUUUGUAGCGAUUUGCUUUCCUCUUCACUAUCACAUUCGCGUUAGCAAAAGAAUAUGUGUGUUGAUGAUAAUUGGAUCUUGGAUAAUGGGCUCUAUCAACUCCUUUGCCCACACCGCAUAUGCCCUCAAUAUCCCUUAUUGUCAAUCCAGGGCCAUCAAUCAUUUCUUCUGUGAUGUUCCAGCCAUGUUAACUCUGGCCUGCAUAGAUACCUGGGUCUAUGAGUCCACAGUGUUUGUCAGCACCACUAUCUUCCUUUUAGUGCCUUUUACUUGUAUUGCAUUUUCCUAUGGUCGUAUUCUCCUUGUUGUCCAUCACAUGAACUCAACAGAAGGGAAGAAGAAGGCCUAUUCAACAUGCAGCACCCACCUCACUGUGAUUACUUUAUACUCUGCACCAUUUGCUUAUACUUAUCUACGCCCCAAAUUUCUACGUACUCCAACAGAGGACAAGGUUCUGGCUAUGCUCUACACUAUUUUCACCCCAAUGCUCAAUCCUAUUAUCUACAGCCUGAGAAACAAGGAGGUGAUGGGGGCUCUGAGAAGAGUAAUUCAGAGAAUCUGCUCUGUGAAAAUGUAG